UUUAGGUCAACUUAUCAUUCCCGAAAACUUUGUUGCAAGGUUUGCCUCCUGUUUUUACCGAGCUGCUCACAUGUUUCUCUGAGUUAAAGUCACUUCUGAGGACUGAGCUGCUUGUUUCUGAGGAGGAGAAAACACACCGCGGCAAAUGUUUCUCGCUCCGACUGCGGCGGUUCCUGCAGGACAGUAAAGCCUCGACUCGCCUUUUCUAACCAGCAGCAAGAGAGCGGUGGAGUCAAGAGGUGCCAAAAUGCCACAACAGAAAGACAUAGUGAAGAUAGCCAUCCAGAUGCCUGGGGCCUACCCCCAGCUUAUACAACUGGACCAGAAAAAGCCUCUGUCUGCUGUUAUAAAGGAGGUCUGCGAUGGCUGGAAUCUCCCAGGUCCCGACAACUAUGCUCUACAGUACGCCGAUGGAGUGCAGACGUACAUCACUGAAUCGAAUCGUCUGGACAUUAAGAACGGCUGCAUUCUGCGUCUGACCAAGGCACCGGGACGCUGUGCAGAAGACUUGUACAAAGGAAUCCAGAGCUUGGACACAGGCGUGCGAUGUGAUUCGCUGAAGCAGCUGGCAGGCGUUUCCACAGACGUAACCUUUGCUCAGGAGUUCAUCAGCAGAGACGGACACCUCUUAUUGGUCAAGAUAGUAGAGGACUCUAAUGAGAGUGCCGUGAUCAUGACCCACACGCUGACGGGCUUCAUGGAGCUGAUGGAUCACGGGAUAGUUUCUUGGGAAAACCUCUCAUCAGUCUUCAUCGAGAAGAUCGCCAGCUUUGUCAACGCUAAGGCGACCGACGCAUCUAUUCAGCAGGUGUCCUUGGACAUUCUGGAGAGCAUGGUCCUGAGCAGCCACAGCCUUUUUCUGCAAGUCAAACAGGGUGUCACCAUGGAGAGGCUUAUCGCUCACCUCCAGGUGACGAAUCAGCAAAUCCAGACUAAAGCAAUGGCCCUACUUAUGGCACUACUACAGACAGCCGGAGACUUGGACAGACAGGAUAUGUUUGCGUUCCUGAAUAAGAAGAAUCUCCGGCAGUACAUUUAUAAAAACAUCAUCCAUAGUUCUGGUUCAGUCCAGGAUGAGAUGGCCCACUACCUCUAUGUCCUACAGUCACUUACCUUGAAUCACCUGGAGCCUCGAAUGAGGACGCCUCUGGACUGCUACAGCCAGGAACAGAGAGACAUCCUUCACAGUCUGCGGCAGGCAGCGUUUGAGACAGAAAGUGAGAACAGUCUGAGCCACGAGAGGCGACGCUCUCUCUGCGCCAAAGAGUUCAAGAAACUGGGCUUCUCUAACAAUAGUAACCCCGGUCAGGACUUGGUGCGAACGCCACCUGGUCUUUUAGCUUUGGACACCAUGUUUUAUUUCUCCGCACGUUAUCCUGACGCCUACAGCAGGUUUGUCCUGGAGAACAGCAGUAGGGAAGACAAACACGAGUGUCCGUUUGCCAGAAGCAGCAUCCAGCUCACGCUCAUCCUGUGUGAAAUCCUUCGUAUCGGAGAGCCCCCCUCAGAGACAGGGUCAGACUACCACCCCAUCUUCUUUAGUCAGGAUCGGCUGAUGGAGGAGCUCUUCUGUGUCUGUAUUCAGCUGCUAAACAAGACCUGGAAGGAGAUGAGAGCAACACAGGAGGACUUUGACAAGGUGAUGCAGGUGGUGAGGGAGCAGAUCACCAGGACGUUGUCCAGUAAGCCCACCUCCCUGGAGCUCUUCAAGAACAAAGUCAAUGCUUUGAACUACAGCGAGAUCCUCAAACUGCGGCAGACAGAGCGGCUGCACCAGGAGGAGACUCUUGCUCCACCCGUACUUGAACUCAAAGAGCGCCUGAAGCCAGAGCUGCUCGAGCUGAUCCGCCAGCAAAGACUCAACAGGCUGUGUCAGGGAACCAUGUUCAGGAAGAUAAGCAGCCGACGCAGACAGGAUAAACUGUGGUACUGCCGCUUGUCGCCCAAUCACAAAAUGCUUCACUAUGGCGACUUGGAGGAAGACAUGGACAAUCCACCAAUUGAAACACUGCAGGAAAAGAUUCCAAUAGCAGAUAUUAAAGGCUUGCUGACGGGUAAAGACUGUCCUCACAUGAAGGAGAACAAAGGCAAACAGAACAAGGAAGUGUUGGAUCUGGCAUUUAGCAUCACGUACGAUGUAGAAGAAUACAGCCUGAACUUCAUCGCCCCGUCUAGAACUGACUUCUGCCUGUGGACGGACGGACUGAGCGUCCUCCUGGGUCGGGAAAUGAGCAGCGAAUCCAUGCGCAGCGAGCUGGAGAUCCUCCUCUCUAUGGAGAUUAAGCUCCGCCUCCUGGAUCUGGAGAACGUCCCCAUCCCAGACAGCGCGCCAGUCGUCCCCAAACCACCGAGCAACUACAACUUCUGCUACGACUUCAGCCAGACUGAGCAGUAGAGUGUGUGCAUAUGCUGCAGUGCACCUACGACGUGUGUGUGUGUGUGUGUGUGUGUGUGUGUGUGUGUGUGUGUGUGUGUAAAUAUAUAUGUGUGUGUGUGUGUGUGUGUAUGUCUGAAAUAAGAGGAUUGUGUGGUGAGAGCUGACCUGUGCAUCCAUGCACUUAUUACUUUAACACAGAUUCCUAACAUAACAUGGCAAUAGAUUCUUCCUCUACUGAUCUUCUACACCCAAUGAAACAUGGAACAGGAUAAAACGUGGAAAACGACUUUGUCUCUUGAGCCACAGCAGUAGUUUUGGAUGUGAACUCCUAUCAAGUAACGAUAGACUAUACUAAUGCUGAAGAUUAUCACUCGUCAUCUGGGACUUCUGUUCUUAAUCAGCUGAUGCUCAGAUCUCCUUCUUUCCAUUCAUUACUCCUCCUCCUCUGUGCUGUUCUUCAUCCGUCUGGAAACUUCAAGUAUUUUGUUUUUCCAAGUGUCUGUUGUUACUGGAGCUGUGUUUAUCUGCUACAGUACAGCCGACCCAUUCAAGUGAUGGUACUUUAAAUUAGUUUUGUAAUCAUUUUAUAUAUCUAAAUCUAUGUAUGAUACAUGGAAUAUUCCUGUGUGCACAGCGGCUUAUUACUGCUUGAAGCCACAGACGCUCUGCUAAUUUCUUGUCUUCAGCCACUCUCUUGUAUUUCCUUUUGUGUCUCUUUUUUUUUUUUUUUUAAAGGGCAUUAAC